UUUGCUCGUAGCGACAGUCAAGUUUUUGCUUUGACAGCGAACGGACACGGUUUUUUGAGAGUAGGUGUGAAUUGUAAAAUAUCGCUGUGAGUGUGUGUAUGCUUGUAAAAAAGUUACAGCAACAAGAAAUUGGUGUAAAUGAAAACAUUCUAAGAGAAUAACGAAAAUUCAUUACAAUUGCCUAUGCAGUUUCGCACGUGUUUUCACAAUAGAGAAAAAUAGUUGGCAAAAAGUACAAAAUUGAUUUCUUAUUUUUGGCUAAUACAGUGCCAAUAAGCGCGGCCAUUUUUUCUUUGCGUAGUUUUUUGUGUGCAGUACUUGUAUGUGUGUGCGUACUUUUCGUAAUACAUGCGACGGUGUGCCGAAAACAAAGGAUGAAUGUAGAAGAAAAUUGAAGAAAAAAAUUGUGUUGAAGGAGGAGCGGUAAAAAAUAACAACAAGAAGAAAAAAUAGUGUCGGUUGUGUUUUCAUUUGCACUGUGGCUUGUGUUUGUACGUAUGUGCGCACUGACCGUAGUUGUUGAAUGCUCCAAAAGUGAAGAAGAGUAGGUAUAGAAAUUGCUAUAAACAACAGCACCCACAUCAGAAGUGCUUAUUCGUAAACAUUGUUGCAAACACUAUGACAAAAUCGCAAAUACUAAACAAAAUAAAUAAUGCAAUAACAGCAACAUUGGAAAAUUAAUAAUUAACACUUCGGUAACGCGAAAAUAUUUUAAAACGUAGAAAACAAAGUCGCGAAAACUCACUACUUAGUAGCGUCUUUAAAAAAGUAAAAAAUAUUGAUGCGAUUGUGCCAUUGUGUCAAACCGUUCGAAUAAUUAAAAAACGAUAAGAGUCCUCAUACAUUGCAAUUGUGCAUCAAACAUUAAUUUUACUUGGUGAACGAACAAUUGAUGUAAAUAUAAAAGUGCGCGCCAACGCGUGGUCUUUGACAAUUGAGCUGCUGCUGCCAUUAUUAAAAAAUAAAUUCCGCUGACAUCGGCGGUUACCGAAUUGACGAAAUUAAUUGGCUGGCGCCAUCAAUCGAUCAAAAAAUACGCGAAACGAAAUUUGCUGCAGUUUUUUACCAACCACUCUUCGCAUAACACUCCUACCACAUAACGGCUUCAACUGACGGCUGCGUAACGCACACAUUAUACUAUUACAACAAUACUACAGCGGUGUGACACACAACGCCGCGUUCAAAGAAAUGGCCGAAUUACCCGCUCCCCCAAGUGAUUAUCUCCACCGUUCGAUCGAUCAGCUGCGUUCGAUGAACGAACGCAAUGUCCUCUCCUCACUAAGCCAUCAUCUGACACCGGUGGAAUUGCGCAAUGCCGCACAGUUGGCGGCACACGAUUACAAACCAUUUAAUAUCAAUGAAUUUCGUCAGAAUGUUGAGCGUUUAGAUUAUUCGUUGAAGAAUGGUCUUAUACACCAACAGCAGCAGUUGCUCGCUGAUCAUCAGCAGCAGCAGCAACAACUCCAACAACAGCAAGCGCAUGAACAACAACAGCAGCAACAUCAUCAGCAACAACAACAACAACAACAGGCGGCUCAUCAACAGCAGCAGCAGCAACAACAACAACAGCACCAACAGCUGCAGCUUAAACAAUCGUAUAGUCCGCCAAAUUCACCGGCCACACCCACCAUGACCGAACAACCCGAGCAGAAGUAUGAUCCACAUGCUGCUGCUGUCGAACAACAACAACAACAACAACAGCAACAACACACCAUCAAUCAGAAGCAACAACGUAACCAACAAGGCUCCCCUGAAGGCCGUGACGCCAAGCCCUACAAAUGUACGCAAUGCACAAAAACCUUCGCCAAUUCCUCCUACCUCUCACAACACACCCGCAUCCAUCUGGGCAUCAAGCCAUAUCGUUGUGAGAUCUGCCAACGCAAAUUCACACAGCUGUCGCACCUGCAACAACACAUCCGCACACAUACAGGAGAUAAACCAUACAAGUGCCGCCAUGCCGGCUGCCCCAAAGCCUUCUCGCAACUCUCCAAUCUGCAAUCGCACUCUCGUUGCCACCAAACGGACAAACCAUUUAAAUGCAACUCCUGCUACAAAUGCUUCACCGACGAAUUAACGCUGCUCGAGCACAUACCCAAACACAAAGACUCGAAGCACUUGAAGACGCACAUCUGCAACCUGUGUGGCAAGUCGUACACACAGGAGACUUACUUGCAGAAACAUUUGCAAAAACACGCCGAAAAGGCGGAGAAGCAACAGCAACGACAGGCUAGCGCAACAAGUAAUGCGCAACACCAUGUACCUGCCGGCGGUAUCGGCCUCAAUUUGCAGCGACAGGUGGUGAUGAAUGCUGCCGCAGCGGCUGCAACUAGUGAUCCCAAUUCGUAUUGGGCGAAAGUGGGUGCUGAUAGUGGCGUGAAUGCUGCCACACUCGCUGAAGCUAUACAACAGCAACAGCAGCAAGCUGCCGCUGCAGCAGCUGCAGCCGCCGCGGCUGCGCAACAACAGCAACAACAUGCUCAGAAUGGCUACAACUUCGCGGCACUGCAACAGCACCAACAACAGCAGCAGCAGGAACUAUUACAACACCAUCAGCGGCUGGUGAAUGGUGGAGCGGGCAGUGGUGGCGAUAGCGCUGGCAGCGGCAACACGCCGAAUCACUCACACUCGCCCAACGAGGAGGGUGAGGACCUGGUGAUGCGCCAAACUCCGCAACAUCUCCUACAACAACAGCAGCAACAACAACAACAGCAUCAGCAUCAACAGUCACACUCACCCAAUCCACUGCUAAUGGGCAAUGCAGCGGCAGCAGCAGCGGCGGCGGCCGCAGCUAACUACGACGUGAAAACAACCAGCGCCUUUACGCCCAUCAACACGGCGCCACCACAUUUGAAUGCGCUGGCUGCACAACAACGUCCACCCGCCGCCGCAGCGUACCUGUACCAGCAGAAUGCCGCCGCAGCCGCCGCUUUCCCAACACAACUUAUCUCAUUGCACCAGAUACGCAACUAUGCGCAUCAGCCCAGCGCAGCGGCGGCAGCGGGGCUAUUGGCCAGCGAUCACCUGCUCGGUUUGACCGGUGUAACCGCGGGCGGUGCCGGCAAGGAUAAGGGCCAAUAGUACGCCGCACUGCACAGCGGUGAUGGCAACAGUAACGGCAGGUAUGGUAAUAAGUUCAAAAAGUCGAAGAAACGGGUACACGAACGUGCACGUGAUCGCAGUUGAUUUAUCCGAGACGCUUAGCCGCAAGGGCAGGGAGUUAGUUGCAUAUCGGCAGGAGGGCGCGCAACGACCCUAUGCAUGUUUGAUAAAGUGAGCUCUCAGUGCGCACACAUGGAAUGGCAGUGCUACAACUGCAAUAACAACAUCAAAUACACAACAACAAACAACACUAAAAACUCAGGUUUUAAUGAUAAUUUCAGCAAAGCGAUAGAACGGAGAACGAAAAUUACACAAAACUUCGAAGAAAUUAAACAUUAGUUAGAAUGAAUUGGGGUAAAAAAAUUUGUGUACACUUAUAAAAACAACAUAUAUUUACUAGUGUCUUAGCUCUGCGAAUUUUUCAACGCUACUUCCUCUCAACUUUAUAUUAUGCAGUGAAAUUUCUCAUAACGGACAGUCUUCAUAGUCGGAAAUCUCCCAUAACUGGACGAAUUUGAUAAACACAACCUUUUCAUUAAUAUUUUCAUACAAAACUAGUUUUUAUACCGUACGUCUAGUAUUUAUUUUGGUAAUAUUUCGUUCAAAUGUUGGUUCCACGGAAACUAAUUGGAUAAUUUUCAUUCAUUCACUGCUGGCUGACAUUGGCUCUCAUUUAUUUGUUCAAUAAAAAUUUUGUUCUGAGUUGCAGCUUCUGACUCUAAGAAUAAUUUUAAACACACGUUUUUGUCCAUGCCCUCAUAUAUGGACAGCUUCGUUAGCCGGAUAAAAACACUGCGACCGUAGGUGUCUGGUUAUGCGAAAUUUCACUGUAUAUGGUUGCUUACAAGUGCAAAUAUGCAUUUGUAUAUGUCUGUAUAAAUGCAAUAGGAUGCCUAAAUCUUUUGCACGUUUCUAUGGCAAGUGCUUCUCAUACUCACUGUACUGCUACCUGUAAAUUCACUCGUUUUAUACCCAGAUGUUGCUUCUUCUAUUUUUUCUCUCAUUUAUACUACGCCUGCGCGCCUUGACAGUAUACAAAAUCUACAAAUUGUAGUUCAUAAUUAUAGUAAUUAAAAGUAGUUAUCGAUUAGUUACCCGUCUAGCAAUUAGGUAAUCGUAUUAUAGUAAAAGUAGUUUGAUAAGCCGAAUUUACUUUAUUCAGUAAGAAACAGCUAAGGUUAAGAAUUGUGUAAUUGCAGACAAAAGUAUAUCUUUGUAUGUAGUUUAUAUACAUUUGUAUGUGUAUGUACAUAUAUUUGAUUUUAGUUUUUUUAUCACAAAUAUUUUUUUAUGCGGUGUCCAUUUUAAACUUCUUAAAGUUUUGUUAAACAAAAUAAUAUAUUUUAACUCCUUUGUAAAAAUGCUAAAACUUUUUAAUUGUAUGUAUGUAUGUAUAUGCAAUAAGUAUUGAAUAAGCUUCUGUAGUCAAUUAAGUGAUUGCAUCCUUUGUAGCAACGAAUUUAUGAAUCUCAAUAAAAUUUCACAGCUUUUCAUAUAAUAUAUAUGUAUGUGUAUGUAUAUUUUUUUGGAUUUCUUAUUAUACUAUUUUGAUUAUUUACAAACGACCUGUGGGUCUAUGCAUGUCGUGACAACAUAUUUUGAUUAUUCUCUUUGUUGUUUAUAUUGACUCUCAAAUGUUAGAUAUCAAGAAAAUAAAGUAAUUAAAUAACGCAUUAAACCAAAAUUAUUUUAUUUUUACCAAGCAUUUGCGUCAGAGUGGCAAGACGAUUUAAAAAUAAAUACAAAUUUUUGAUUGCUACAAAUGUAAUUAUUUCGAACUGUAUGUACAUAAAUAUGUAUGCUGAGUAAUGACGACAGGCAUAUUGUGUCAAAACAACUAUGUACGUCGAAAGUUUCUCUAUAGGUUUGUUUCAUAACUGCUUGUAGUUAUCAGGAAGAACAAGAAUGCAAGUUAUUCUCCCAAACAGCAAAUUAGUAGUUCCCUCUUACGCUCCUAACUUGUGUUCUCUUCUGCUACUUUUUUUGGAUAAAGAAACGCUAGAGUGAUAGCAGUUAUGAAAAAAUCAUUUCAUCGUUUUCAAAUUAUUGGGGCAAAGUUUUGGUAUGCAUUUUUUAAACUCUUGUUUUAUGAAUUAUAAUUUGUGUUUGAAUAUACUCGUAAAAGAAAUAUUAACUUUAAAGCCGAGCUGUCCAAGGUGUUCGAUAUUUUGCUAUUUGAGGAACAUACAUACAUAUACCAUAUAUAAUAUAUAUGAUAUUUUUAUUCUUCGAAGAAUUCGAAUUCUGGAUAAAGAAAGGAAAGGGUUUUAUAAUAAAGGGGUUUUCAAUAAGGGUGCUACUAUUCCUGUGAAAGUACAUUUUAUUCUCGAACUCGAUCUUUUGCGUGGCCACCACGGGCACGGGCAGAAGUCCAGACGCUAAACCCAAAUUUCGACGGCUUUCAAGCAUAAAUCGGCCGAUACGCAAUGUCACGUCUGAUAUUCCUAAGAAGUUCAUCAAUCGUCACUAGCUUGUUGGUAUAGACCAUAGACCUGAGUCUAACGGCGUUAAAUCGCACGACCGAGCCGGCUAAUUGCCCGGGCCAUUUCAUAAGAUAACACGUUCACCAAAAUUGGUUGUCAAUAAAUCGAUUCUGACUUGUGACGCCGUCCUGUUGGAACCGCAUAUUGUCCAUGUUCAUAUCAUCUAAUUCGGGCCAAAAAUAUUCGGUUAACAUUGAGCGGUAGCGAUUCCCAUUCACAGUAAUGUGCCGGUCUUGAUCAUCACGGAAGAAGUACGGCCCAAUGGCGCCGCCGACCCAUAAACCGCACCAAACCUUAAUUUUUUUUUUUAAAUCCCGCUCUUAAAGUUGAGGCCACUGACUCUUAACUUCGAUAGUAAAUUUUAAUAAGUAAAUAGAGUAUUACUCGUCGGAUCGUAUAUCUUUUCGUGAUGAAAUGUCACAACUGCGGGAAAAAAUAUGGUUUGCUGUCCCUAUUGAUUUACUUUUAUUGUACGCUAUUGAAAAAUCCUAUUCAUGAAGAUUUUGAGAUCCCUUGCUAUUGAGGGUGAUAACUUUCUCUUUGAGAACAAGCACAAAAACGCAAAUAUCUCAAGCAGUAGCUCUUAAUUUCAUCUACAAUGCGGAGUAUUUUUCAUAUUGAACAGCUUGCUUGAUCCCAUAACUAGGCAACGCUUGUUUGCAUAUAACGAACAUCCAUAUUUCUUAAAUUAUAAAUUUACCUUGUGUUUUAACAACUCCGUGUCAAUGUGAUACAUAAGUUUUGACACAAUAUUCCUGCACAUACAUAUAAGCAUUGUUCUCAUUUAAGGGGUUACACUGGUUUCCUCACACAAAAAACAGCAUAUUUCCGAUAUUUUUUCAUAUAAAAAAUGAAAUACUUCAUUCAAACUUUUUA